GCCGUCCAGCCUGACGGCGACGCCGAUGCCCGGCGGCGUGAAGACUGCUUCCCGAGGCAAUAUGGCCGUCUCUACGCUAACCCAGCGUGGCUACGACCCGGACGCGAUGUCCUGGACGACGGUUCCGACGACUGAGGAGCCCAAUUCUGCGAUUCCUUCGAAUAUUCGAAGCCAAGCUCUCCUCAACGCGGCCGCUCGCCGCUUGCAAGAGAAAGCCAAGAUGGUGGCGCCCGCCGCCGCCCCGGCGUCCGGCAACCCAGCCGGCAAGACGCAGCCUCCUGCCUCGCACGCUGCGGGAAGCAAGGGCAAGGUCUUCACGAAGUGGAAGCCUCGCCCGCUACUAAAACCGAACCCGGAUGACUACGUGAUCGUUGUAAAGCCACGUGAGCAUAUUUCCUUGCACGAAGCCUUCUCCGAGAAUCGCUACGGGACCGCUUUCACGGCUUACCUCGGGUCCAAGCGGGCAGAGACCGCAUCGAUUCUCCCUUCGACAGAACAAAAUUUGAUUGUGAUCCAUACCCCGGACCUCGAGACGGCAGACCGAGUGAUCGGGGAUUUUUCUGUCAACACCGAACGCGGAGCGGUCCCGCUCCACGGAUACCUACGGCAAGAUGGCGGAAACGUUUGCCACGGUGUCAUCGUGGUGUGCAACUCGGACACGACGGAGACACUUCAGCAAAAGGUGCGUUGGAGAGCAGGCACCAUUGUUGAAGUGAGAAAAUUUGGCACAUCGAACAAAGCGCGUGUUACCUUCGCCGGAAAGGACAAACCGCGUUUUGUUCACUAUGACAACAUGGUGGUACCUGUCCAACCCUACUACCGUACAAUCCCGGCCUGCGGCAAGUGCGGUGCUGUCGGCCAUAGGAUGGACGCAUGCCCAAACCUGAGACAGGACACUUGCGGUCUGUGCGGGCAACAGAUUCCACUCGUGGAGGGGGUGCGGGCCCCUCACGAAUGCGUGCCCAAGUGUUCAGUGUGCGGUGGUGGACACGCCACGAACUCCCGCGAGUGCACUGCAAGGUUCCGCAACUCCAAGAUAGCCGCCCAAAAGGGCGGCAAGACCAUAACGGCGAUCAAGAAAAAACACCGCCAUCUUGAGCUUCCCGGUAGGUCGCCGCACCGGGAAGUCACCAAGACCGGCAAGCCAGCGCCCCCUACCGGAGAAGCCGGCAGGCAAUCUACGGCGCCACCACACGGCGUGGCCGGGGCCUGGGCCGACGCCGUCAAAAAAGGAAAACAGGAGCAAGGGCACCACGUCUGGUCCCAGCAAUUGGUUUCCACCCUUCGCUCCACGGAAACUCAAAUUCAACUCUCAGAGGCGACCCCGGAGGUGGACAACCACCUCCUUCACCCCUGGGAGGCCCGGCACAGCCUUGUCCGCUGA